AUGGCGCGAGGACCGAUGAAGCAUGUACGGGUCCCCCGUAGGCGCAAAGAUGCGGCCGAACUGGCAGUAUGCGGCACGUGGGGGGAGGAGAAGAGGGAACAGGCGGCACAGGAGAUGCGCAGGGAGAUGCACGCGGAUGACGCCAGAUGCAAAAGGUUGUGGCGACGUGAAACGGGACACAGGCACAACAUGAUUGCGGAGGUCAAGAAGGAAAGUGGGAUGAAUCACAAAGCCCUCGUCGCGCGCGAGCUGUGCGUGCCGGUGGCAGUGGAUACGGGCCAGAAAGGCGGCCAGGGAUUCCUUGCCUCAAGGCUGCUUUGUGAAAGGGUGUCGAGAUACUGGAAUCAAGUCAAGUUUUCGUCGGAGAGCGGAAUGCGUGGUUUCUGCGAGCCGGCUGAAGUGUCAUCUACAGUGGGGAGUCCAUUGCUCACACUUGACGUAUUCACCCUUCUCGAGCUUCUGGAAAGCAUAGGCGGAUGGUCGCUGGUAAAGAAUUUUACGAAGAAGGCUCUGGAUCAUUCAGAUAUUGGUCAUUGGAGCCAUAAGAGCAGAUCAAACGGGUUUACGGCCUCGCGGCCGUACACGAGUCCAGCGCGAGAAGCAGCGCCCGAUGCUUCGACAACGGGGGGAAACAACGAGAGAGAAUCGGUAGAGUUCCGGGAAGCAAAAGGGAACACGCACCAUUAUUCUCCGAGUGUUGAGAAAACGCGGGCCGUCGUGGAGGGCAUACGCGAAUUAGAUCGCUCGUUGACUAUGAACGGGGCGAGCAUGAACAACCACCUACGCUCCGGUGAUGGUCGUCUCAGAACGUCCGUUAUGGACGAUAGGGAACCACUGUUGUACUCAACGCAAACGUUGUACUUUACAAUCAAGGAUGCUCCCAGACGACAUAACGACAGAACACACCAUCAAAAGCUAGGAUGUGUUGGAUAUAAGACAUGGCUGGGCACCACUCGGAGAUGCCCCCAGCACCUCGCUCUUGCCCCAUUCGCGACACGCCACUCACCCCUCGAGAUGCCAUACCCUCAGGCCGACUCCUUCGUUUCAUAUGCUCUCGACAAUUCUCUUGACACAUCUGGAAUGAUGCUUCCAUUUGGAGGAUCCAUGCGCCUAGACUCAUGUUUACCUUCGCAAGUCGAACAGUCGGUCGGUAGCUCUGCUAAUCCACGGACACCAUGGACAAGCGAGAACUCGUACCUUGAUAUCAUGAGGUCCUCCGAAUACAUGUUUACACAUUGGUACUCAGACCUCGACCCUGCCGCUCAUUAUGAUGGGUACGAUGGGAUGGUCUUUACGUCGGAACACGCGUCGGAAUACGCGAUUUCUGCAGCAAAAUGCCUGCUUACUACACCUAUCGACCCGAUUCUCAUAGCACACCCGAGAACGUAUGAAAUAGCGUCGGCGCUGGACUACCCCGCUCACGCUCCUAGCUCUCCUAAGACGCUCUCGACUGUCUCGACGUGUUCCGACUCCACUCUGUCUGUGUACACGCCUUCACCGUCCCCGUACUCGACCACGUCCUCGUUGGGCAGCGACAACGGCUCGUGCGACCACGAAGUUACGUGCUCUCCGUUUCCAAGAAAUCCAUCGUCUGCUAGCAGCUCUCGCAAGGACCGCAGUGUCCCUCAUUGUCCGUCGUCAUCCAGUUCAAUCCUCGUGUCUUUGUCAUCGACUUCUCAAACGCGCAGACCCAAGGCGCGGCGCUCUCCCAUUCGCGUCCGCAGACGCAACGUUCAAGUCGGCACGAUCGUACCAGAGCCACGGGCUACGCGUGUUCCUAAAUUGGUCCAGUGCACCGUGGAGGGGUGCGGCAAGGUGCUAACGAAGGGCGCGAUGCGGCGGCACAAGGAGACCCACAAAGAGCAGGACAAAUGGAGGUGCUGUGGAAUCCCGAUUGAGAUGGCGUUCGGGUUGGCGAAUGCGGAUACGAGCUCAGUUCAACGGAUGGUUGGUGGUUGCUGGGAGGUUUUCAGUCGGAAGGACGCGUUGGAGCGCCAUCUGAAGAACCCUAACAACCCUUGUAUUGGUGAUGUGGAACGCGCGGAGUUGCUGGGACGCAAUGGCAUUUCAAUGUACAAGUCUAGGUUUGGUCGACAAUGUGAAGCUUCCACUCUAAGCAUUCCCUUCCUGGUAGUAGGAUGCGGACAACGCUUGCGCGCAAAAACGUGUAGCCGAUCGAGUGGGGAGACGGCCAGCCACACAUGCCACGAACUCCUCAUACUCGACCACCACACUGCAGAGCACAUCCCCCAGGCUCUACCAAACAUCCACCUCCCACAAAUCGUAACAACGUAUCAGUACAUCGUCACGAUGACUACUAAACUCGCGCAAUCCGCAUCUGUGGCGUCCAUCGCCCUGAAUUUGCCGGGAUCGCCACGAGAAGCAGCCACAGAACACAUAGCGGGCCUGAACCUGGAUGAGCAGCAUGCUCUUCAGGGCCUCAUGAUGAUGGCGGAGCGACUGCCAUCGAGUGGCGCAAAUACACGCACCCUAAGGCUUGCAGCACCACAAGCCGCUUCAGUAGUGGAUGCUUCAACCACUGCUAUCAAGGUUCCCAGCCGACCAGCUCGGCGCAAAGUCGUGGCCAGACAGGAGGGCACUCGGCGCAGCAAGCGGCUGCUCGAGAAGGCGAGCAUCGCUCCUGCCCUGUCGAAUGAGCGACAAGGAAAAGAUGGGUCGAAGCCUAGAAGCAAGGCCGAGACGGACCAGUGCGUGCUCCGUGCAUCGAAUGGGUCCGGGGAUGUCGAAGAAAAGCCCACGCCCUCCGGGGAGAAAUCUUCCUCGACCAAGAGGACGAAAAGAAAGCGAAAUGAGAACAACGGGUACGGCGCACAAAUAACAGCGGCGAAGAAGAAACGGACCGUCAGCAGGGGCCAUGCGCGCCCGCUGCUCGCUGUGGCCAUUCCGCAUGUCAUCCCCCAUUUCAAUGGUCGACUGGCCCGUCUUCUACCCACCUCAGUUACGCAUCGUCUUCAAUGCACGAGCGGCGGGCCCUUGCGAAAAGAAUUGUCCCAAGCGCGAAUGUGUGCGACCAUACAACACAGAGGCCGUGCAUCAAUUCGGAGAGAAAGGACGCCUUCGGUCCAAAGCGACCACCAGGAUGGGGACUACAAGAAUAGAAUAACGCACCUUGCCACGAUUUGCGGUCGUCGACAUUUUCUAUCAUCCAGCAAGUGGUUCUUUCUAGUACUGGCAUCUCACAAAGACCAGUACGCUCUCGGACAAGCAUGCGCCAACUAUGGAACGGCGCACGGCACGGACGCAAGAACAGCGGCGAGAGGCGGCGAGCAUACUGCCCUGCUGCACAAUGUCGGGGCACCAUCAGGAUAUAAGACAUGGCUGGGCACCACUCGGAGAUGCCCCCAGCACCUCGCUCUUGUCUUAUUUGCAACACGCCACUCGCCCCUCGAGAUGCCAUACAAUCCACCUUCUUCCUUCAACCCGACAUAUCCCCUCGACGAUCCCCUCGAUGUGUGGGGACUUUCUUCGACCUUCGAGCGGUCCUUGUGCCUGGACCCAUACGUAAACACACAGGCUGUCGCUAGUGUCUCCACUUUAAGGUCGGCAGAGCUAUUGGACUCAUACUUCUAUGCGGAGAGCCCACUAGGUACUCGCAAGGAGAGCAACUCCGUGUGGUAUCCAAACCUUAACUCCACUGCACCCUAUAAUGACUAUAAUGGGAUGCUCCUGAUGCCAGGAUACGAAGCCGGAAGCAUAACUACGAUUGAAUGCACACCGUACUCCUCUGAGAUCGACCCUAUUCUACUCGCUCAUCCGAGCACUUACGAGAUUGCUUCAGCAUUGAACGACCCCACUUACUCCAGGGACAUUGCUGCGUCGAUCUCGGCUCCAUCAUCGUCUCCGGUGUUUGCUCCAUUGCCAUGCACCCCUUCCUCCUCACCAGACUCAAUCACGCUCUCACCAGGCAGCACUGAUAGCGCCAGUGAAUCUGGAUCGUCACGUUCCCUGUCGCUGCCUAUACGCUCUGCCGUGCAGUCUCGCAAGCACCGGAGCCACCCCUACCGUCGCAGCGCUUCCACAUCGCCGCGCUCGGUGUCAGCGCGCGACUCUUCGUCACCAUCCCCUCGUACGGGUAGCUCCAAUACCCGUCGCUCCCCACGCCAUACCCGCAGACGCAAUGUGCAGGUCGACGGCAAGGUCCCUGAUCCCGAGGACAUGGAUGAACCUGGCAUGGUGAAAUGCAAGUCGUGCGAUCUGGUGCUCUUGAAGACCUCGAUGAAGCGGCAUAUAGAGACGCAUGGGCUUCCAGGAAAAUGGUCAUGCUGUGGGGUGCCGGUCGAGCUAGCGUCAGAGUACGGCAUCCCGGCGAGCGCAAAGCCGUAUGAGCACAAGGGUCGAUGGAUGGUAGGCGGGUGCGAGACGAGCUGCAGUCGGAAAGACGCACUGGUGCGUCACCUGAAUAGCGAGUCGAAGGAGUGUGUGGGUGAUGUGGAUGUGGCGGAUGCGCUAGGAUGGCUCGAGGAUGCGAGCCAGUAG